AAAUGUUAUAAUUCAAAAAGCAAAUGAAAUAAUUCCUAAAAAGAAAAAACUGAUAUCUGGAAAAUAUGAAGAAUCCAAAAAAAAGAUAGAAAAAAUUAGGGAAGACUAUAAUAUAGAAAUUGCAAUUCCAAUAUGGACAGAAAUAUCAGAUGAGAAUAAAAAUUGGUUAAAAGAGGUUAAAAAGAUGCAUUAUACUUUGCAUAAAAUAUUUGAGGCAGAAAUAAAAGAAGCAAAUUAUAAGAAAAUUAAAGAACAAAUUGUUAAAAGAAAUAAAAACUUUUUAAAUAACAAAAAAAUAGUUAUUCAAAGUUUACUAAAUAAAGAAAGACCAAGAAUAGUAACAGAUAAAGAUCUGAAUCAAUAUCAAGAAUGGAAACAGACCUACAAUCAAAACAAUGAAAUACAAGAGGAAUGGUUUUUAUCACUUACAAAAAGUUUUACAGCAGAAGAAAUAGAAGGACUUAUUAGAAAACUACCAAAUAAAAAGACACCAGCUAAACCAAAAGAUUGGAAGAAAAAUAUAUGGACAAUAACUUUAUUAGAAACAGUUCGAAAAAUAUUUACAAAAGGAAUUUAUAAUAGACUCA